AUGGCUAAUCGCAAGGGAAUGCUGGAAAGGUUUCCAAUUGGGGAAUGGUCUCGUCAAGUGAAGAGCAAGCGAGAGAUUCUUGUGCAAUCAAACCAGUCUAUUCAAAAUAUUCAAAGUGAAAUUGAUGUCGGUCAUACCUAUGAAAAGCUGAAAGACGACAAGGCUAUACUGGAAAGCAAAGUUAGUGAGUUGAAAAGAAAGGUAAUUUAUAAAAUAUGGCUUUAAAAUUAGGAGUUCAUGUUGAUUAAUUAAUGCAUUGGUAUUUUUGUGUGCUUUGCUCAUGUAUACUUGAAAUAUAGAAUUUCAGCAUAUUAUUUUAAGUAACUCUGACUCUAGGAUGAGAACUCGGAACUGCAUACAGCCAUGCACAGUGUGGUUAGUGAAUAGGAUGCAGAGGGUCAAAUAUUAAUUAGCGAGCAAAAUUACCUGGUGUUAAACUGGGUAAAAUAAAUAGGUAAGAGGCACUGGGGCACAUUGCGUUUUAAUGUGUUAAAUAUGAAGCAAUUUUGUCUCCUGCUUACCAGAACACAUGUAUAAUUUUAUUUCAAUUUGCAGCGAGGUUUGCUUGAGAAUGAGAAAGUACACAUGCCAAAAGGAAGGAGUGCAGAUGCAAUCCCAACCAAACUAGAUGAGAACAACAGCGAUAAAGUAAUUGGCAUCUCCCAUAAUCUUGCACGCAAGCGAAGGAAACUGACAUACGCUGCAGUGCAAAAUAUCCAUGCAACUGCAAAGGAUACUAAUGAAGAAGCAAAAACAGCUACUAAAUGUGGACUAUGGCACACUCUAGUUACAAGUGUUCCUAGCAAAGACAUUACUGAAUUGUGUAAAAAGUCUAGCACAUUUG